AUCAAGAAACCAAUUGAAGUUUCAACUCCAAAAUAUGUUGAAUAUUUGAUGGACUGGAUUGAAUCUCAAUUAGAUGAUGAAUCCAUAUUUCCUCAAAGGCUUGGUGCCCCCUUUUCUCCCGACUUCAGAGAAGUUGUGAAAACUAUAUUCAAACGCUUGUUCCGUGUUUACGCUCAUAUUUAUCACUCUCAUUUCCAAAAGAUUGUAAGUCUUAAAGAGGAGGCCCAUCUAAAUACCUGCUUCAAGCAUUUCAUAUUGUUUACCUAUAAAUUUGGACUGAUUGACAAGAAGGAGCUAGCUUCACUUCAAGAGCUUGUAGAAUCCAUUGUUGUCCCUUACUAAACCGGUGUGCACUUCCUGAUAGAAUCAACUAUCUAAGGGACACAAUAAGCUGAUGUAAUAAUU